AUGAUAGGAGGGAAGCUCUCGUGUGAGGCGAGCACGCUCAACCAUACGGUCGACAUCCAGCGACCACAGCAAAAAUGGACUCCGCUUCAGCUCUUGCCCGCGUUCGCGAAGUCUGACCACCCCGAGUUGAUGCAGCACUUAGCUCGCUUAAAGCAAGAGAUCGCGGACCUCCACGACUACAAUGAACGCGUAACAAAGGAACUCCGGAUUCUGCAGCUGAAGCAUGCCUCUGAUUUCCCCCGCUCUGGAGUUCGUGGCCAUACGGGCGCCACACAAGCACCCGACGCCGCUUUUAAUGAAGAAGGAAAUGGCGGAGGGGAUAUCCAGCUCGCAAAUUUGCCCUUGCCGGCUUGGACACUUGAUAUGCAGCUGAUGUGUCCUCUCAUCUCGGCAUACGACAGGCGGAUCAAGGAUCAACAGGUUCUUUUAGAGAGACGCGAGACGGACGUUGAAACCCUAACAAGCAAUAUUAUGACUUUGACAAAAGAGAACGAAACACUGAGGACAGAACUCCGUAACAAAACUAGUCAACUUCAGGCGCUUUUCGCUAGUGAUGGUGGCAGUGACAAUGGAGCCAAAACUGCCGGAAAAACUGUGUCUGCGUUGCUUCAUGAAAAACGUGAUCUUGAGGAACUCUACAGUGUAACGCAAGAACAAACGAAGGUUCUCCUUGACCAAAAUCAUCUUAUGAAAACUCACGUGGAGCACUGCGAGCACGCCAUGGCCUCAUUACGCUCUCAAAUGAAAAAAGUGGCGCAGGACGAAGCCGCUUGCAACCAAGUGCGAAGGCAAAAUGACGCCUUGCAACAGCUACUAGAAGAAGCUAAAACUCAGCUUGAGGCUCUCAUUGAAGAGAGAGACAUGCUGCGCUCUAGCGAGCAAAAGCAUCGUCUUGAGCUGACGACACUCAAGCAGACAUUCUCUCAGCUUCAGCAGGAAAACUCGUCAUUGCACCAGCGUGUGGACGAUGAGCACCGGAUCGCACAGGAAGCGCAGGAGGCAUCAAAGUCAAAAGAAGCAGAAAGGAAACUACAUCUUCAAGCUCUCGAAACUGAGCUUGCCGAGCUGCAAGAGAACUUCAUGCAGCUGUCUCACCAAAGCGAGGACGCGGACCGGGAGGCAGAGAAGGCUAGAGAAAUUAUUGACUACUUGGAGGGGAAGACGGUAUCAUUAGAACGAGAGAACGAACAAGUAAAAAACAACCUCACAGAGCUGCAACAGAAGUACCAAGAACUCGCUAUCGAAAAAGAAAAGCUCUCUGUCUCCGCAAGUGUUGUAAAAAAGCAACUCGACGAAAUCCGUGAGCAACACGCAAGCGAAAUCGCCCUUCAGAGGAGCAUGAUGGAUGAUCGGUUCGAAGGGACGAUAUCCCAGCUUCAGCAGCAAGUCGAGCAGCUGAGACAAAGAAGCCAAGACUUAGCUGCAGCCAAUUCAGAUCUCACACUUCGCACUGAGGCAGCAGAGCGCAGGUGUAAACUAGCAGAUGCGGAUGCCGGCCAGGCAAAAGAGGAACUCCGGUCAGCUUCCAAAUCUCAACAAGCUCUUGUUCAGCAGCUCCAACAAACGAAAAUAUCUGUGGAAAAGGAGAGAGACAAGCUCCGGGAGGACUUAGAUGCCGUGCAAAAAACGACUGCAGCGAAACUGUCUGCAAUGGCGGCUGAAAAGCAACGUAUGGAAUCCGAACUUGUUGAGGCUCGUUUCGCGCUUUCCUCUGGUGAACAAGCAAAACGUCAUGCGGAGGCAUCAGUUGAGACUCUCAAACGCCAGGUUGCCGAGCUGAGCAGCAGGAACACGUCCAUGGAAGGCGAGCUCGUAGGUAUUCGCCGAAGGCAUGAGACCGAAAUCGAGCAAGUGAAAAGGAAUUACGCGGAAAAGUUGGCGCACACAGAAUCAAAGCUUCGGUCCCUCGAGCACGAAACCCACAUCAAAGAACAAGCCAUACAGCUCAAGAGAAAAGAAGAAGAACAUCGACAGAAUCUGAAACGAGAAUACGAGGCCGAACGUGAUACAAUGGAGUUAAAGAUGACCAAACUCCGAUCUUCCAACUCGCAACUACGGUCGAAAGUUGUAGAGCUGGUCCACUUCCUUGAACAGCCUACCUCUAACAAAGACUCUUAUCUCGCGCUGAGCUCUUCUCAUGAUAUAAGUAGCCUCCGCUCAGCGUGCACUAAAGAAAGCUUGCUGUAG